AUGGCCGGCAGCUUGGCGCUGGCCCUCGCGUCCGUGAGCAUUGCUCUCCGUCGCUCUCCUUUACAGCCCGUGCGGCCGGCCGCAGCAGCCCCGCUCGCCCACCGCCUCUCGACGGUUGUGUGCGCGACCAGUGGCGGUAAGCGCCGCACGUCUUCGGCGCCGGGCGGCAUCACCCAAAAGGCGCGAGAGAGGGCGCGCGCCCGCAGAGUGUCGACCGCUUCGCAUCCUGCCGUCGGCGCCGCAGCUGCACGCGGCGCGAGCGCUGCGCCGGCGGGCUCUGCCUCGGCUGGGCCGACGCGGCUCGCAGACCUGCCCGACUUUCGCGGGCCCGGCCGGCUCCUCAAGGCUGCUCGCAAGGCGGCCGCGACGGCUCCACCCUCGGCCGUCAAGGGCAACGUGCGUAAGAGGGCGGCCAAGGACGCGGCCCGCAAGCUGGAGGCGUUCACGUCCGCCCUCUCGGUGCCGGUCAAGGAGCAGCAGCGCGCGUUUCGCGCCCAUCUGCGCGCGCUGCCGCCCUUCGAGGCAGCCCUCGCAGACCUCACCCUCGACUCGCUGGUCCGGCGGGGCGGGCUGCCGCUGAGCGCCGUGCUGCAGCGGCACGACGAGAUGCGGCGCGCGGUCGAGGCGAUUGCCGUCGCCGCGAACGCCUCGAGCGCCGCCGAGGCGUCGGCCGCCCUCGAGGAGGGCCUCGCAGAGGCGGCGCUGCGGCGGAGGGGAGGGGGGGUAGCGAGGGGGCGGGUGGAGUCCGUCUUUGAGGCGGAGGCGGAGGGGCUGAUGCUGCUCAUCGAGACGGCGCAGACGCUGCGCAGGCUGCCUCGCGUCGAGACGGACGCCCCGGUGGCGGUGCUGGUCGGGAUGCCCAACGUCGGCAAGUCCUCCAUCGUCAGCGCAACCUCGUCCGGCACGCCCGAGGUCAACGACUACCCCUUCACCACCAGAGGGCUCAAGCUGGGGCAUGUCGGGCAGCACGGCGCUCCCGACCGCUACCAGGACGAGCGAAACGCGAUGGAGGGGCUCACACUCGCGGCGGUGCAGCUCCUCCCGUCGGCCGUCUUUGUCAUGGACCUGUCCGGCACCUGCGGCGAGCAGUCGGCGCCGAGGCUGCAGCUCAUGGUGCGGGAGCAGAUCCGCGCCGCCUUCCCGCGCCGGCCAUGGCUGGACGUGCGCUCCAAGGCGGACCUCCCGCUCGCCGAGGGCCUGGCCGCCGAGGACGUGCCGCCCGGGACGCUCGACGUCUCCGUGCACGAGGGACGCAACGUCGCCGAGCUCGCUGCACACAUGGCGCAGAUGGUGAGCCGCGUCCCGGGACGGAAGCCAGGGCCGCCGUCAUGA